AUGUUGUCUCAAGCGAACCCAGCGUUGCAGCACCAGCCUCCGCCUUCACGGAUUCAAGAGCCAGCUCCUGAUCCGGGCCAGUUGGGUUUCGGUCUGGUCGCCCUGGACCUGGAAUGUAUCCAUGAUCACAAGCAUGGCAGCUACGCGGCCAUGAACUGGCAUGAAACAUCGGACCAAUGGUCAUGGAAGGCAAGGUGCCAGAUCAUCGAGCUGGGAGCAGUCAACCUGGUCACGGGCGAGUCGCUUCUGCUGAGGAGCCGACCAGAGUUUUCGUGGGACGAUGUGAAGUCGGCGGCCACAAGGCUAUUUGCCGAACACAGCGGCCACAAAGCUAUUGUUUGUGAUCAAGGGCUGCCGCUUUUCGCGCAGCUGUGGCCCAGCCACGUGGUGCCCUUCCUGCAGCGGGCUGCCGGCUGCACGGGCAAGGUGGUGCUCAUUGCACACAACGGGGACCGUUUCGAUCAUUUCGUUCUCAGCAAAGAGAUCACCCGGCUUGGUCUGGACAUGCGCUGCUGUCCGCAGCUGAUCUCUGCCGACCCGGUGGCGACGCUGAAGAAGAGGUUCAACAACCACGAGAUUCAGCGACUCUACGGCCAGCCCGGUGGUCUGAUGCUACAGCAGAUGCAUACAAAUUUCGUGGCGGAACAGAGAGCGGCUGGCCUGCGAUCACACCAGGCAUUGGACGAUGUCCACAUGAUGCGCGACGUGAUUUGCUGUGCACCUUAUUUGGCGCCUUCUCUUGCGCAGGACAUCUCGCUUGCAGCCCAUGGCAGCGAGUUUCCGAACGUGACCUACUCCGUCUGGCAACGGUUUCUACAUCCGGUGCCUUGCAGCAAACCUUGUAGCCCCGCUCCUCACGCUUGGUGCCAUCCUGUCGUUCAGAGCGUUCUGUUCAUACAACCAGGUACAAUGACAAGCACAAGCCCUGUUGGCAUUGUCAAUACAGCACCUCCGCCGCCACCGCAAUUUGCAGCUCCCGCCCUCCAACCGCUCCUGCUGCAGCCCACAGCUCAGCACCCUUCCGAGCCCCAGCAGGAGGUCCAAACCCAGGCCUCCCAGACUGCGUCUUUCCCGUGCAAUGCCGGUCCUCCGCCUCCAUCGCCGUCCCCAGCCAGCAGCGCGAGCGACCAUCUUCCCAAGCAACAUGUUGCAGAUGCAGAAGCGAGCUCCGGAGGCGAAAGCCGUCGCAGUAGUUCCGGCAGCAUCGCCGGCGUCGCUGACAACCACCCCAGCUCCAGCCAAGGCAAGGGCGCUGGCAAGGUGGAGGACAAAGGAAAGGGCGGAAAGGGCGGAAAGGGCAAGACAGGCAAACCCCAGCCCAACCAGCAGCACCAGCUCCGCUAUGCAGAAGGGUGGUGGGAUCCUGAUGCGAACAAUUGGGACCAUGCCUGGGCUGGUGCCUGGUGGGGUUACCCUAGCUACGACGAAUACUGGGCCUGGGCAAGUGGCUAUGGCCAGCAUCGGCCAAGGGGCCGGGCCAACCGCAACAAUCGCCGCCGGCCCGCCCAGAGACCGGCGAAUCAGGAACCCGCAAGUGAAAGUGUCACAAACGAGCCUGCGCCGGACGCGCCGAAAACCAGCAAGACAAACCUCGUCAAGUCCACCGAGGCCCAGCACGAAGAAACCCUGGGAUGCUCGUGGUUGCCCCGAGACAUCGACCAGCAGCCGGAGGCCUCAUCGCCGAGCUUCGAUGGCGGACGCGUGCGGCUGAGGCAAGAUGUGGCAUGCCGCAGCUUUCGGCGUGUAGAGAAUUAG